AAGGAACUAAUGAUGUUAUCACUGGAACUGCAGCUGUUUCGCCAGCCACUGGAACGAAUCUGUACGUAACGAGAAUUUUCCACCUAUUUGAUAAACCCGAGGACCCCUGGGAGACGCAAUCGCGCGGGAGCACAUGGAUCUUGACCCUUCAGUCUAAUCGCUGGCGCACCCCGAAACAAGUGAAACUAUAUAGUCGCCCAGCCGAGCGAUCCGUUGAUCAGUUAGCUACAAAAUAUGAAGUCGGUCACGUUCGUACUCUGCCUGCUCGUUCUGGGCGCCCACUCGCUGCUGGUGUUCGCCGUGGAUUGCGAGAUCGGUGGGCAUCAGUUCAAGACCGGAGAGAAGUACACGCCGGAAGGCCGCUGCCUGCAGUACACCUGCAAGGGACCCAAACAAGUGACUGCCUUGGGAUGCCCGGCCAUCGCCUCCCUGAGGCCCUGCAAAAUGGAAGAGGAUCUGAGCAAACCCUAUCCCGGCUGCUGUCCCAAGUUCAACUGCUGACAACGCCUCGCAAGUCGAACUGCAAUUGUGAAAUGAACUAUGAAAACUGAAUAUAUAACUAUAGAAACAUA